AUGAGCACGGGGGAUGGCGGCACGGUGUUGGGCCCCACGGGCGGGGCCCAGCCCACGGCCGCGACCCCCUCUACCAUCCAGGAGGAGAGCCAGGCGCCGAGUCAGGUCCAGACCCAGGGGGGUCAGCCAGCCGGCGGGCAACAAUCUGGCCCAACCGCUGGAGGUACCGGAGGGACGUCCUCGGCUGCAGCGAAAGCUGCUGCCCCAAAGCGUCCAGCACGACGUGGUGGUAAACCACCACCGGACAGACCCAUACGGGCCCUUUUUUGUCUCCCGUUAAAAAAUCCGUUAAGAAAAAUGUGCAUUGACGUCGUCGAGUGGAAACCCUUCGAAUGGCUCAUUCUCAUGACGAUAUUCGCCAAUUGCGUGGCUCUGGCCGUUUACACACCCUAUCCAAACAGUGACUCCAAUCAGACGAACGCCUAUCUGGAAAAGAUCGAAUACAUCUUUUUGGUAAUUUUCACUGUGGAGUGCGUCAUGAAGAUCAUCGCCUAUGGAUUCGUGGCGCAUCCUGGUGCUUAUCUUAGAAACGGAUGGAAUUUACUUGAUUUUACGAUAGUCGUCAUAGGAAUGAUCAGCACAAUUUUAAUGUGGCUUAUGAAAGAGGGAUUUGAUGUAAAGGCUUUACGAGCUUUUCGAGUGCUUCGGCCUCUUAGGCUCGUAUCCGGUGUUCCCAGUCUUCAAGUGGUGUUGAAUUCGAUUCUACGGGCGAUGGUACCUUUACUUCACAUUGCUCUGCUCGUACUUUUCGUCAUCAUCAUCUAUGCCAUAAUCGGACUUGAACUCUUUUCUGGAGAAUUGCACAAAACCUGCUGGAACAAUGUAACCGGCGAUAUGAUGGACGAUCCGCAUCCCUGUGGUCCAGAGGGAUUUCAAUGUAACACCCUUGGUAAUGAAUUUAUUUGUAGUGACAAAUAUUGGGAAGGUCCAAACUACGGUAUAACAAAUUUCGACAAUUUUGGGCUCGCCAUGCUUACUGUGUUUCAAUGUGUCACUCUGGAGGGUUGGACCGACGUAUUGUACGAUAUUCAGGAUGCAAUGGGAAAUAGCUGGCAAUGGAUUUACUUUAUCUCGAUGGUUAUCCUUGGUGCUUUCUUCGUUAUGAACCUAAUUCUUGGUGUGUUAUCCGGAGAGUUCUCCAAGGAAAGAGAGAAAGCUAAGGCUAGGGGUGACUUUCAUAAGCUAAGAGAGAAACAGCAGAUUGAGGAUGAUCUUCGAGGAUAUUUGGAUUGGAUAACUCAAGCGGAAGAUAUCGAGCCUGAUGCUGAUGAGCCUCAGCUUCAAGAUGGUAAACAAAAGCAACAGAACGAAAUGGAGAGCACGGAUCAAUUGGAGGGCGACGAGGAAGGUGUACAGCAGGAAUCCAUUUGGAAAAGGAAACGCCGGGAUUUGGAAAGGGCAAAUCGGCGUAUGCGCAGAGCGUGCAGAAAAGCCGUGAAGUCUCAAGUUUUCUACUGGCUUAUCAUUAUCUUAGUCUUUUUGAAUACUGGGGUUCUGGCAACGGAACAUUAUAAGCAACCAGAAUGGUUGGACCAAUUUCAAGAGGUAACAAAUGUCUUCUUUAUCGCACUCUUUACGAUGGAGAUGAUGCUGAAGAUGUACAGUUUAGGUUUUCAGGGCUACUUUGUGUCACUGUUCAACCGUUUCGAUUGUUUUGUUGUCAUCGGAUCGAUCACCGAAAUGAUCCUGACGAAUACGGACGUGAUGCCGCCGCUCGGGGUUUCCGUGCUCCGUUGCGUCCGAUUGCUCAGAGUCUUCAAGGUUACCAAAUAUUGGAGAUCAUUAUCAAAUCUUGUGGCUUCACUCUUAAAUUCCAUCCAAUCUAUUGCCUCUUUGCUUCUUCUGCUUUUCCUCUUCAUCGUCAUCUUUGCUUUACUGGGAAUGCAGGUAUUUGGUGGCAAAUUCAACUUCGAUGAGUUUCAAGAUAAAUAUAGGAGCAACUUUGACAGCUUCUGGCAAAGUUUACUCACCGUGUUUCAAAUAUUAACGGGUGAAGAUUGGAACGCCGUAAUGUACGUGGGAAUUCGUGCCUACGGUGGAGUUUCCAGUCUAGGAGUUCUUGCCUGUGUUUACUUCAUCAUUCUCUUCAUUUGUGGUAAUUACAUCCUACUAAACGUCUUCUUGGCUAUCGCCGUCGACAACUUGGCCGAUGCUGAAUCUUUGACUGCUAUUGAAAAAGAGGCCGAAGAAGAGGCCGAGAAGAAUAAAUCGCACAGUGGUUCACCAGCUCGCGAUGAAGUGAGUGGUGAGGGUUUAGACGAUGGAGGCGAAGGAACUGGUGGCGAAGACGAAGAAGGUGGCACUGACCUGGAGCAGGAUCCUAAUGAGACAAUGGAAGAUUACGAGGCUGCUCUGGAUACGGAAACGUCUGAGAAAGGUGAAGAUGCCAACAGCCACACUAAAGUAAGACUGAACCUGGAGUCCGACGAUGAGGAUCUCGAGGCAGAAGAAGAGGAAGAUGAGCACACAGAGAUACACGAGGAUGGCUUGGGUGAGGAAGUGUCUGCAAGACCAAGAAGAAUGUCGGAAUUUAAUAUGGCUACGAAGAAGCAACCGAUUCCUGCUGGAUCUUCUUUUUUUAUUUUCUCUCAAACGAACAGAUUUCGUGUUUUCUGUCAUUGGCUGUGCAACCACAGUUACUUUAGUAAUAUCAUUCUCGCAUGCAUCAUGAUCUCCUCGGCUAUGCUUGCUGCUGAAGAUCCAUUAGAUGCUUCUUCAUACAGAAAUCAGAUCCUCAACUACUUCGAUUACUUUUUCACAACCGUAUUCACCGUCGAAAUCUGUCUAAAAAUGAUCUCCUAUGGUUGUAUCAUUCACGACGGAGCAUUUUUACGUUCAGCCUUCAAUGUACUGGAUUUAUUAGUCGUUUGCGUGUCCCUGGUCUCCAUGUUUUUCAGUUCCGGUGCCAUUUCCGUGGUAAAGAUCCUUCGAGUUCUUCGAGUACUGAGACCACUUCGUGCUAUCAAUCGUGCCAAGGGUUUAAAGCACGUAGUUCAGUGCGUCAUCGUAGCGGUAAAGACUAUCGGAAACAUAGUCCUCGUCACCAGCCUCCUGCAGUUCGUGUUCGCUGUGAUAGGCGUGCAGCUCUUCCAGGGGAAAUUUUUCAGAUGUAACGAUGGUUCCAAGAUGACAGAAGCUCAGUGCCGUGGCACUUUUCUGACAUUCGAGGAAGGCAGUAUCUCCAAGCCAGUAUUGAAGGAAAGAGAAUGGAUACUGAAUCGUUUCCAUUUUGAUAACGUCGCCAAAGCGAUGCUCACCCUCUUCACAGUCUCCACAUUUGAGGGUUGGCCUGGUUUGCUCUAUGUCUCGAUCGACUCGAAUGCCGAGGAUUAUGGUCCAAUUCACAAUUAUCGACCGAUUGUCGCCGCCUAUUAUAUCAUCUACAUCAUUAUCAUUGCCUUCUUCAUGGUUAACAUAUUCGUCGGUUUCGUUAUUGUCACCUUUCAAAAUGAAGGAGAACAGGAGUAUAAGAAUUGCGAGUUGGACAAGAAUCAGAGAAACUGCAUAGAAUUUGCAUUGAAGGCCAAACCUGUACGUCGUUAUAUACCAAAGCAUAGAAUCCAGUACAAGGUCUGGUGGUUCGUCACUUCCCAGCCGUUUGAAUACACGAUCUUUACUUUGAUCAUGAUAAACACUGUUACGCUCGCAAUGACUUUUUAUCAGCAGCCCAAAUUUUAUUCAGACGCAUUAGACGUUCUUAAUAUGAUAUUUACUGCGGUGUUCGCACUCGAAUUUGUCUUUAAAUUGGCUGCCUUUAGAUUCAAAAAUUACUUUGGUGACGCUUGGAAUGUUUUUGACUUCAUUAUCGUUCUGGGAAGUUUCAUUGAUAUCGUAUAUUCGGAAGUCAAUCCUGGCUCGAAUAUCAUCUCCAUAAAUUUUUUCCGUCUAUUUCGCGUGAUGCGAUUAGUUAAGCUGCUCAGCAGAGGCGAAGGUAUCAGAACGUUACUUUGGACGUUCAUCAAAUCCUUCCAAGCUCUGCCAUACGUAGCUUUGUUGAUAGUGAUGCUAUUUUUCAUCUACGCCGUGAUAGGCAUGCAAGUCUUUGGAAAAAUUGCUCUUGGUAAUGAUACGGCAAUCCAUCGAAACAACAACUUCCAGACAUUCCCGCAAGCUGUUCUUGUACUCUUCAGAUCGGCCACAGGGGAGGCUUGGCAGGACAUUAUGCUAGAUUGUUCAGCACGUCGUAAUGAAGUUCCCUGCGACCCUAGAAGCGACGAUAGGAACAGUGAAGCAGGAUGUGGAUCCGACAUAGCUUUUCCAUACUUUAUAUCUUUUUAUGUACUCUGCUCGUUUCUCAUCAUCAAUCUCUUCGUCGCUGUCAUCAUGGACAACUUUGACUACCUCACUAGAGAUUGGUCCAUUUUAGGACCGCAUCAUUUGGACGAAUUUAUUCGCCUUUGGUCCGAGUACGAUCCAGAUGCCAAAGGUCGCAUUAAGCAUCUGGAUGUAGUGACACUUUUAAGAAAAAUAUCGCCACCACUUGGAUUUGGCAAAUUAUGUCCCCAUAGAGUGGCCUGCAAAAGACUGGUUUCUAUGAACAUGCCGUUGAACAGUGACGGCACUGUACUUUUCAAUGCCACACUUUUUGCCGUGGUAAGGACUUCACUCAGGAUUAAAACAGAAGGCAAUAUCGAUGACGCCAAUGCUGAACUACGUGCUGUAAUAAAGAAAAUUUGGAAACGGACUAGUCCAAAAUUACUCGACCAAGUUGUGCCACCACCAGGAGUCGACGACGAAGUCACCGUUGGCAAAUUCUAUGCCACCUUCCUGAUUCAGGAUUACUUCAGACGGUUCAAGAAGCGCAAAGAACAGGAAAUGAAGGAAGGCGAUAAAGAAUGUCACAAUACAGUAACACUACAGGCUGGAUUGAGAACACUGCACGAAGCUGGUCCGGAAUUAAAGCGAGCUAUAUCAGGAAAUCUGGAGGAACUUUUGGAUGAUAAUCCUGAACCCAUGCAUAGGAGAAAUCAUUCACUCUUCGGUAGCGUAUGGUCCAGUAUGCGUAAAGGUCAUCACAGCUUCCACAGGGCAAGAUCUCUCAAGGUUAAUUCAACCACUUCCAAGGCUUCACCUACGAAUUCCAUAGACUUCCUGCCGUAUGCCUCAUUGCAAAGAGGCGUCGGCGUUGAUGCAGGGAAUCAAAUUACAGCCAGGUCGCACCAAGUCGUGCCUAACAUGACAGGCGGCUUAAGCGACAGCGCCAUGAAUCAAAUGGGCAUGGACACGAGACUCGCUGGCGACGAGGAAAAUAUACCACUCCGUCCUCUAGCUGUUUUUGGAAAUUCUGCCCCGCAAACGAAUUAUCAAAAUGCAUACAAAGUCAUAGAUCUUCAGGACGGAAUCGAGCGGCAGUUGACACCCCCAACUCCACCUCCCCGCCGGAAUCCACCCCCAUCUGGCACAGGAACCACGAGCACGAGCACAACCAUGACCUCGAAUUCAACGACGACUUCGACCACGAUCACGACCGCAACCGCGACAACCAACACCUCAACCAGCGCAACGAGUCCCAGCUCCGUUCAUUCGUCAAACGGGAUACCUCGCUACUAUUCCUACGCAGCAACAGGAUGCUGCGUCGAUUGUGCCUCCUGGAGUAGUCACGGUAGGAUAAGCCAGGACAGCGUUUUGCCGUUAGAGGGACGAGGACCGGUGGCCCCGUCUCCGGGAGAAGAGCCCCAUGGAGAUGAGGGACACUCGGUCGUGUCUGAUUGGUCGGCAGGUAACGGUCGAGUCGCGGUUAAGCUGACGCGAUCGGCCGUAGAUCGGUGCGGCGAGGAUUCGUCUCCCGGUAGCUCCAACGGUUCCAUCAAACGAGUCUUCCACCGAGAUAGAGGGACUUCCGAUAGCGGAACCAGAGCAAACCGCUCCAGUGGGAGUAUCCGUUCACGACGGUCCCAAAGACGGUCCCGUCGACGUAAUGGCUCCACCAAAGCUACCAAUCCUGCUCACGGCGACAACUUGUCUGCUGGUCGUACCGUUGCGGAUGGCCUCAAGCUGGCGCAGACCCAGGCUAUUGCCGUGGCCGGAUAUCUCGCUGACGUAGACUCCCGGCAAUGGCGCGAUUGCGACUCCUGUUUCUCCCACAGAGCUUCCUUUCACGGUCGAGUUUCGUGGGCCGGCGAGAGUAACGGAAAUGUCGGCGCUGAAAGGCUGUCCCACAGUCUACCCGGAAGUCCAGCGGAUCGAAAACCCAACUUUGAGGUGAUCGGAAGUGCCGAGAGUCUGGUCGGACGGGUCCUCGUCGAACAAGGCCUGGGCAAGUACUGCGAUCCGGACUUUGUUCGAUACACGUCGCGAGAGAUGCAGGAGGCCCUGGAUAUGACGCGAGAGGAAAUGGAUCGGGCAGCUCAUCAGCUGCUUCUUCAGGAACGUCGAGGUCAACCGUUGACUUAUCAACUGCAACAAAGCAUGGACCAACAAUGGAAUCCGAAUUACCAGCAGCAAAAUCAGCAACAGCUGCCUUACCCCAUUCAGGAUCAGCAGAUUCAUCAGCAGCAACAUCAUCUUCAACAGCAGUUUCCGCACCAACAAAAUCGACAGCAGAGACAACAGCCACCAUCUUAGCAGCAACAAGCGUUUCCGAUGCGUAUCUCAUCUACGUAGCCAAUCGUUACCGGGACGAACGCUGUAACGUUCCCGGUUUUUUUCGGAAUUUCUUUUGGUUAGUCUCUGCAAAGAGAUCCGAAAGGACUUGGCAGUCUUAUUCGAAUUACCAAUCCACUGUAUCCCAUCGGACUGCCAUCCGAAGUGAUGUUCACGUUGUUGUCCACGACGCGUUACAUGAAGUAACGAAUUUCAAGUUUUCCAACGUCCGGGCGUUUCGGUGCGCACCGAAAAGACAGAAAAGAAGAGAAUGUCUGAAUGAAUGAGUGAGUGGAUAAGAGAAAGAGCAAGGGGAAGAGAGAGAGGGAGAGAAAGUACGCGCUGAGAGACAGACAAGAGUAAAAGAAAGAAAAGUGAGCAGACAAGGAAAAACGUGUUAAGCGUGGAAUCUUGAAGAGUAGAGUCAUUGAAGCUUUGAAAUCGUGCUUUUAAUGGAAUUGAGUUAACUUUAGUAAGCGUUAGGUAUAAUCCGUUAAGUAGAAUUUUAUCGUGAGAGGAGAUUGUCCCAAGGGACGUCGAAUCGAAAAGACACAGGAGGGAACUGAGGGGCCACCCGGGAGGAUGUAUUCGCCUCUACCUCCAAAGAAAGAAACAAAAAAAAAAGGGGAAGAACGUCGAGAGUGACCAUUUACUUUUUAGUCACUUGAGAAUCAGGUGUGGCCAGGUGGGGCAUUGCGUUAAGAAAGUGUAGAUAAUUAUUAUUCAUACGGUGGAUUAUAAAAAGAUAACAAGUGCCUAAGUAACUAAUAACUUCUUUCGGACCAGAGAAGACUUUAUCAAUUAGUCGAAUUAUUAUUGCGAUUCAUUACGAACGAGUAUUACAAUUAAAGAUAUACACACAACAAUUGUACGCUCGUGCGACGUACGGAGAGAUUAGUAAAUGAUACGCUAUUGAGAUUCGAUGGAGUAAAACAAAUGGCAGCCAGGAGACACGGUGCUCGAAAUUUUCAUUAGCGGGGUUCUAGCUGUGUUUUGAAAGAAUCAUUAUGUAAACCAGGAACCGUUAAUCGGUAUGACCAAAUAGGUCAAAGGGUAAGGAUAUGGCUGCAGCCCGGACAAGUAGUUGUUCUUCAACGAGGAAGAUGAGAGACAGGUAGUGUGUGUGCAGAGCCAGAAAAACUCGUACGUCCGUAAAUGUGCACGUGUCGAGAAGAUUAUCUGCGUCUAAAGAAGCAACGAGGGAGUGAGAGAGAGAUAUAGAAAGAAAGAAGAAGAAAACUGAAGCACGCAGAAUUAAAUAUGCGAGCGCAGAUAAACCACAGAUCCAACACACGUACGCACUCCAAAUACUUAUUAUAUACUCGAUUUUCGUAUUCGUUUUUUCAACAUUUUUCUUAUGACAAUGUAUUCUAUAGCAAGUCUUUUUAUACUACUAUAAAGAGAGUUUAAAUAAACUUGUAGGGUUACACUUUAAUAGCACUUGUCGUGACACGUAGAUCGGACGAGAGAGUGUAUGCUAGUAGGAGUGAAAGGGAGGGAGAGAGAGAGAGAGAGAGAGAGAGAGAAAUCAUCUUUUGUCAUCAAGAAAUCAUCAUAUUAUUCAUCAAUACGAUAAAAGAAAAUAUGUAGUCAACAAAUUCUAAAGAGACUCAAGACUAUAGGAUGAAUUCGAGAAGAUAAGAUUUCAUACGACGAAACAGAAGGAUGUAUAAGUACACUUUCGUGUACUCUAUUAUUGUGGUAUUAUAAUUAUGAGAAUUAGGUAAGGAUUACUUAAAAUGUAAAAUUGACGUUUUAGAAGUGGUACUGCUACUUCCGUUAGUCAUUUCAUCUCUUGUUACAACCGGAUGCAGCUUCGGUCCAUACGCUGCUCUGUGUUUUGUCGUGUAUUUUUCGAAUUCAUCAUGCUAACGAGGCUCUCACACAUGCUACCACUGCUAAUUUAUUCAUCGUGUCAUCCAUGGUGGUCGUGCACGAUCGUUAAUCAUACCAGAGCACGCCUGAGGAUUGAUAAUAGUGUCUCUGAUAAAGAAAAAAAAGAAAAAGAGAAUUUUCGAGUCGACGCAUACUAGAAAUUUGUCGUUGAAUUUUUUCUUGCCAAUUUCUUAAAAGUGGCGGCAAUAUUUGCAAUUCGCGGGAGAUUUGAAAAGCCGAGGAUAUUCGGUCAUUUCGAAAAUUCUUCCUUUUUACGCGUUUGAAGUUCGCGCUAUAAUAACUGGUGAUGGCGUAAUUUCGUAAAUUAGAAAAAGGAUUGUUCGUUUAUCUAUCUCUAUUAUCAAUGUGAUGACAAUUUCCAUACUCUUCGUAAAUCGUAAUACGUUUACAGUUGCGACAUCCUUAUAAAUAAGAAUGAAAAGCGUUCCAUUAAAGAUGCGAGAUUAUAAUAUUAUUAGCCGAUGGGAAUUAUUUUAUUCGAUUAUAACGUAUCCGGGUUUUUCUUGUCUACGCGCCAUUGUGUUCUUCUUGUAAAUGUGAGAAGAAGCGUCAUUGAGUAUGUUCUAAGGAUUUGACGCGUUCGUAAAGAUGAGUUUCGACGAGACUGGUUCUCUCCCGUGGACCAUUUCUCUGCGAGCGAUUAUUAUAUAGCUCGUCGAGAAGCUGUUUGAAAAUAUCGAAAUCGACGAUUUCAAAUGGAAUUCGACGUUUGCGACAAUUCCAAAUCGUUCCUGCCAUUAUUAUUAUCAUUUCACGUAAAAAUGAUAAUACUCUAGCCCUCGAAGGAGCUGUGGAAACUAACAAUAUUUUCAUAAGAACCCCCCAUUGUUAAUUCAUCCAUUACUGUUCUUCUAUCAUUUUCCGAAUUCACUAUUUUACUCACUCACAUCGAUACUAUUGAGUGCACCGUAUACCUUUAUUUUCAGUCACGUAGCUCAAUCAUUUAUUCACAGGAGAGCAAGGAAGUGGCACAAGCCUCCUUGAAUGUUUCAGAAACUCAGAAGGAAGUUAGGCCAAUUUUUAUAAUACCAAUUUCGAGGUUAACACAUAACCAAUGUGGUGCAAUAAAAUGUCCAUGGUGUAAACGGAAACAUUGGCUAGUCAAAGUAAACGAUAAUUGAAGAUUACCGAUUGUUACCGGGUCUAACGAGAGUGGUUUUUCAUGAGGAUUAUGCAGAAUCACUAGGUACGCACAGCAAAGACAUAGACGCACAUUUACUUCGACCUCGUAAACUGCCGUUUUUACCAUUUUCCUUUUUGAUCUUAACUCCUUAUAUUUAAUGAAUCCGACUACGUUUAAGCGUGGUGACUUCUCUGUAUACUAGACCGAGAGAAAAUGUUUUUUUUAGGCCUUUUAAAUCUAAUAUUACACGAUUUUUAUGAAAAAUCAUGAUCGUAUAGCGCACACCAGACACGAUUAAUAACAUCGUUUUGCUUUAACAUUGCAGUAACAGGGAUGAAUAUAAUUUUAAAAAUAGGCAAAGGAACAAUUGUGGGAUGAAAGUUUAAAAUGAUGAGAAAAUGAGGUGUGUGAGAGAUAAAGAUAUUAAUAUGAAAGAACGUUUGAAUGGCUGAGAAAAAAAAGUGAGGAUGCAUAAAGCAUGAACAAAUGGCAUUUUGCCAAAUAGAAAGAACUAACAUGAAAAUUGUUGUUGUUGAUGUUGUUGUCGAAAAUGUGUCAAAUUAAACUAUAAGAAUUUCAAGUAUCUA